CUUCGCUCCCUUCGCUCGAACCACGGGCGCGAACACCACACGGGCUCGCGACAACCAUGGUGCUCAAGAAGGAUUCCAGGAACCCACCGGCCAGAUCGGAGGGCAUCGUCAACUACGUGAAUGUCGACCAAGGCUAUGGCUGGAUCCGCUGCUCGCCGGCGGAGAAGCAGUUUGGCAGCGACGUGCUCAUCACCGAGCUGCAGGACUUGGCGUUGGGCGACUGGGUGCAGUUUGACAUGAAACGGGAUGACCAUGGCCGGGCACAGGCGCACCGCAUCAGCAAGCAGCCCCAACAACUGAAGACCCUCGCCGAGCUCAUGGGAGAAGCGGCGUCCUCGAGGCCAAGCUCAGAUCCAGAUGCUGUGAUCACAGCGCUGAAGCAGAAACGGGACUUGAGGAGUAUCGGGGUGCCACUGUGGCAGCCACAGAAGGCUAGCCCCCUAUUGUGCGCGUAUGCACCUGCCCCGCCGCCAGCGCCAUCAAGUACAGCGGGUGCAGAUGCCGUAGCAGCAGACCCGGCGGUUGCAGCUUUGGUGCCCUGUGUGGGCUCUCCGUGCUUGCAACCAUCCGGGAAGGAGCGUGGGGAAGAGAUCUUGAACUUUAUGAGGAAUGGCCAUGGCUCUCCGCCCUUGAGGCCCCUACCGGAGCAGAUGGAUCGACGGCCUUCCUUCACUGGUUUGCCGCCUCCGCCACCGCCGGGGGACGGACCGGCCAUGGCAACGGCGCCUCCACCACCACCGCCACCACCUCGGAGGGACGGUGGCGGAGUCGCGCUACUUUCGAGAGGACAGCCGCCGCCUUGGCAGGACAGCAACUGGCUCAACGAGGCCCCACCACCACCACCACCUCCCGAGGUAGACCCCAAGCGCACGGCAGGAGUCAACGUCCCCAGGCCCGGGCCCUCCCAACUACUUCAGAUGCAGAUAGAACACCCCACAGGUGAAGACUCUGGGAACUUCGAAGCCUUGGAAAAAGAGUGGCAUCAGGCUCCUGCCUCCUCAUCGACAGGUCGCCGGGGGGGGGGAGAACGCUACGAUGGCGUGAUCUUCAAGAUUGGUCCGACCUAUGGUUUUAUCAGAUCUCCACAAGUCCGGGAUCCUGUGUUCGUCGACAGGAAGCAGCUCCCGGGCAUGGAGAUUGGUCAACAGGUGAAUUUCAAGCCGCAGGUGGGUAAGAAGGGCGUGUCUGCGGUGGAUGUCCAGGUGGAAGGGACAGUGGAGCCGGACGAGAAGGAGGAAGAGGGAGGUGCCCUGAACUAUGUGGGCGUCUUGAAAAAGUUGCAAGUGGACGCCAACAAAAAGGCCUUUGGAUUCAUCCUGUGUGAAUCUGAUGCUUGGGAGGGGGACGUCUUUGUCUCCAAGAAGGUACUUGAGAGUCACAAGGACCUCAAGUUGGGAGACAAACUCCGUUUUUCGGUGAAGGUGAAGAAGAACAAGGCAGAGGCGGUGAAGUUAGAACUCAUCUCUGCGCCUGAUGAAGACGAAGAGGUCUCAGGUCCUGACAUGCUUGGGAGCAUCAAAUCCUUUGAUGAGAGCUCAGGCUACGGAUUCAUCCGAAGCGCUCAAGCGAUGGAGGCCUACAGUCGAGACGUUUUUCUUCACCGGAAGCAGCUGAGACAUUUCAAAGUGGGAGACACCGUGCAGUUCAAGGUGAAGCUGAGCCGCGAUGGCCUUCCACAGGCACUGAAGCUCAGAGAAACAGAUCAAGUACUUCCUCCUUUCGAGCCGCAUCCUACAGAGGAGUCCAAGGUUCCGGAGAAAGAGACCUUCCUGGGUGAGAUCAAGUCCUUCAGUCCAAUCAAUGGAUUUGGCUUCAUCCAGAACAGCAUCUUAAGGGAGAAGUAUGGCAGGGACGUGUUCCUGCAUGAGUCUCAGUUUGAAGGUCUGAAGAUUGGAGAUAGUGUGCGCUUUGUGCUUCAGAUCAAGGAUGGAAAGCCGCAGGCUUUAGAGGUCAAGCGGGUGUCCAAGAAGAGCCUCACCAGCCCAUUGAUGGCGAGCGUUCCCGCGCCAGAGGUCCCUGCGAUAGAAAGCGAGGAGCCGUCUCCUGUGGACCCUGCCGUGCUUGAGAAGCUGCUGCUCGACGACGGGCCACAUGGGCACAUACACAGGGCGAACGCGGGAGGACAGGUUUUCCACGAAGAACGAAGCAUCAGCUCAUCAACAUAAGAGAUUUCAUACAUUUUGUGGCAUCCUGAGUCUUAUAUAAGCAGGGUUUUGACGGUUUCCAGGGAAAAAGAUGGUGUUGUUUCACACGAUCCAAGUCUCGGGCAGCAAGCGGAGAUUGACAUUCUCCAUGUGUGAAGACGUUGGAAGUAUAUGAGUAGAUUUCUGAGCAAUUGCAACUACUUGGUCAUUCAUGUGGCUUUUGCUGAGCAAGGGCAACUACUUAGUCAUGUGGUUCUGCAUGAGAGAGAGAGAGAGAGAGAGAGAAAGAAAGAAAGGAAGAAAGAAAGAAAGGAAGAAAGAAAGAAAGGAAGGAAGAAAGAAAGAAAACGUCGCCAGCACAGAGCUGCAAUACCUCAGUUGAGGUUUUCGCGCAAAUGCUGGUCACCGAAGGAUCCAUUCAACAGCAUCCAAUCUAUGUCAUGAAGGUUGCCCCAGGCCUACAACCAGGAUAUCGCGAUGGUUUGUACCAUGUUACGGACGGCAUACUGGAUUCUGCCAUGAGAAAAACAUGUCGUUUUGGUCCGCCCAUUGCGAUUCUUGGUUUCUCAGCCCGCCCAGCUUUCGCUCUGAGGAAUCGAAAGCUCUUGAGAGUCCGUGACCUCAGUGCCCAUCGCGUGCGUCUGGAUCCGAAGGACGCAGCCCCUAUCACCACCUGAAAGACAAAGGUGUCCCUCCCAAGAAGACGUGCGGCGAACAGGGUGGACGUGGCAUUUGUUGGAGUCGUGGGCGACCCGUUGGCAAUAGUUCCACGCAGUGGUUGUAAUGCUUGAAGCCAUCCGAACAACUUGCGAGAAGAGACAGUCCAAGAACGGGCGUGUCUGAAUGGGCGC